UUCCAACCGUCGUCAUCGUCGUUUGAGGUUACCUACUGCGAUUCGGAUGAUUGUUUAGUGAUCGGAGAGAGACCAGUGUCCCAUUCCGUUCGGUCGUUGUGUUUAUCCAAGUGCCUACAGGGUUGUGAUUUUGGAUGUUUUUUUUUUCUGCGAACUGAUUGAUUAUCAGAGUGAUAUUCGUGAAACUAAUCAGUGUGGUGACAUUAUUAUUUACAACGAAUAAUUUUGAUCAGUACGAGAUUGUGCUUUUAUAAAACUUUUCUACCGAAACAGAAUAGACAACAAAAGUCAGUGUUUUGUAUUGCAGAUUGAAAAAACUCAAUUUAGUUUUAUACAGAUCACCCUUUCGAGCCUAAUUAUCUAAACUUUGUCCAGUUUUGCGUCCAUCUUAACGCGAACAACAAAAGCUGAGCAAUUUACUUGCCUUAUAGGCCUCCCUGAAAAUCUGACAAAACUGGUCAAAAGUGAGUGCGCGCUCGACAACGAAAUUAACCCAUGAGCUGAAAUUCGAAACCGAUACCGAAUUUGGCUGCUUGGCAGGAAAUACCAGUUCCAGUGGUUUUUAUUCCCCGAUUGCCGCCGCCCAAAAGACUCAGCAACAAAACGAAAAGAAACAAACCUGGGUCAGCGUGGAGCAGUAGUGGCAGUGUGGAGUGCAGGAAAGGACCAUUAACAGAAAAAAAAGUUUAUUACUAUCACCGCGGCCGGCGCAGUAAUUUGCACUGACAGAGAUUUUCGGUGCUGGUUUCUGGGGGCCGUGUGGUCAACGUCGUCGUCGUCGUCGUCGCCCGGAGGCGUGUGAUUAAAAAGUAAUCUGAAAUCGGAACAGCAAAUUCCAGUUUGUGGGCUUUUGGUUGGGCUCCGAAACCGUCGGUUGCGAAAAGCCCGAAAAUCAGUGUCUCCAAAAGUGCUGCAGUGCUAACUGUGGGGUGCCCCGUUGGAUUAGGGGUUCCGUCCGUCAUCGGAAAAGUGGCUGUUAAGUAGCAUUAUAAUAUUACGUGAGGUGCGCGCCGCGAACAGAAGAACGAACGAUCUGUUUUUAGGUGCGUGUGUGUCCGGAGAAAGAAAGAAACGCAAGUGGAUUAAGCUUAGAGCCCACGUAAUAGGCCUUAUAAAGUACAUGUAGAACAACCGAAGUGAAACGAGUGAGCGUUGUUUUGGAGUUUUUUGGGUCUCCGGUUGAGAAGGUUGAAUUUUGACGUUCCUACGCCUUCAUCGUCGCACUGCUGAGUUUGUGAUUUUAGUUUUUGCCGUUGUUGCAACUGUUUUGACCAGAAGUGAAAAACUGCAUCAGGUUGAUGCUGCUGCUGUUGCUGGUGGUGCUACUGAUAUGUAACAGCCACAUAUGUACAUAGCUGUAAGUCGCCGCUAAAUACUGCUCUUGAAGGAACGAGUUUUGGGUCGCGGUUGAGAUUUUAGUGUUUCGCUGUUGUGCUGUGUUUGCUCCUGGAACCAGACUGCUCAGUCAAGUUGAAGUGUUUUAAUUUUCGUGUGAAGGAAUUGUUGCUGACGAGUUGGAGAAAGACGUUUUCGCUGAAUAGGCAGUGCAGUCGUUUUUUGCAGGUCGUUACGCUGCCCGAAUAGAUCAACGCCGUUAUUAGCUAAGCGCAGUAAUCAUCAUCAGCGCCGUACAAUUCCGCCCGCCAUCCGUCAUUCCGAAUAGGCGUGAAAGAACAUUAACCACAAUUCGCCAUGGAACGGUGAACACAACCUGAGGCCGGUGGUGUUUCUUCGGUGGCCCAAUUUGCGCCACAGAUCCAACCCGAUCCGACGACAAGAAGACUACGGCACCGAUCAACGACCCCUCCCCCUGACUCUGAAGGUGAUCCCGCUGGACGGAGACAUCAAUCAUCGUAGAGGGGGCAGCUCUGCUACUUUAGGUUUUGAUGAAUCGAGUUACCACUAGCCGAGCCAGUUUCGCGUCUUUUACACUUGAAAUUCACUGAGCGUUCGAACUAUGUAAAUAAAGGAAGAUAAUUCACGGAUAAUUCCCCUCAUAUUCAGAGCUCUAUAAUUGCUAAGAAACAUUACACAUAAAAAUGAAUGGUUUAUCCACACUAAACCGAUUGCUCGGCAAACGGAAUAAAGAUGUAUCCAAAUCCACCUCAAACCUCAGCCGGUCGACGACUAACCUGGACAGCACUAGUCAGUACAACAAGAUUAUCCCGCUGGCCGCCAUGACCAACGCCCCCUUCGAGCAGACCUUCCGCAUAACGAUACUGCUGCCCCGGGAUCAGCUCUACGUGGCCCGAAUCGGUGCCAAAACACGCCUGGCCGUCCUCAUGGACAUGGUGUGCAACGACAAACUGUUGGAUCCCCAAAAGUAUCUUUUCCGGCACCCGGCAGACUUUCAUCAGGGAUUCGAUCUAAAUCUUACCAUCGGGGAGGUUGGACUUAACGAAAUCCGGUUGAUUUCGAAGAAAGAGCUGGAGAAUUUGCAGACUAACGAGUACCGGUUGAGCACCAGCGACAUUUUUCGGCUGCAUCAGAAAAACAUUCGAGAAAAUUCGGUGUCCUCGUCGGAUUUGAGUCGAACCUCCCGAGCUGCGCUCAAAACCACUAGUCCUUAUAGUUCAACAAAUUCUUUAAAUUCGAUGGAUUCCUCUGGUAUGAGUUCUAGCUCUCGUGGAGGAUUGAAUGGAAACAAUCAUCACCCGCCCGUGGCUCCGACACGGAAAAAGAGAAUGGCACCUCGACCACCCAGUCAAAACUCUAUCCCGGAGAAAGCACCUCUGGAAAUCCACAAGGAGGAUCACAUUUUCAAAGAGCCCCAGCUUCCUCCGUAUUCUCGGAAGAACUUUCACGUGUCAUCGCCUAAUCUUUACAACGAUGAGGUAAAGAUUGUUGAUACUAUCAACAACAACAACAAUAACGACUACAACGGCCAAUCGGAAACAAACGAUAACGGUCACCAUGUCGACACUGUGGAAGAAAUGAACAACCUGAUCAACACCAAAACGUCGUACAGCACCCUCAAAAAUCGACCCACGUCAAUGUACAUCAUUAGGGAACCAGCCGACACACCCCAGGAUCCCCCUAACAUCCAGAACAACGAUAACCUGCAGAGGGCAUCGCUCAACGGCACCGAGACCAGUAUCCAGGACGUCGUAAACCAUUCCCGCACUUCGUCCAAUUCGUCGGAGGUGAAAGACCCUCGCGACUUUCAGGAAGGUCCGCAUUCCUCAUCUAUCGUCCCAACCCCUCGGAAGCGACUCAAUUCGAACGCCAAGAAAUCGAAGGCUCCGGCACCCGCUCCACCGCCACGGGGUGUAUCGUUGAUGGGUUCCAAGCGAGAGGAAACGUCUGCUCCGGUAGCGGAACAGAAAAUUGUUCCGACGCCAUCGCCGAGGGCACCGAACCGUCCUGCAGCACCAAUAAGUGACGAAGGCACAAUCAUUUCCGAGACAGAUUCCAACUUCAGCGAAACGGAUGCGGAGAUACAGAAAAAUAUAGAAACUGUCAAUAAGCUGAACGCUGUCAACAGCACACACCAACCACAAACUACUUUCGAUGCCAUUCCCGCCACUACACCGUCGCUUCAAACUCCCAACGUAUCCAAAGUGAUGCUGAACGUCGAACAAUCUUCGCUCAUCUCUACUGACCCGCCUUCCUCCCUAACCCCGGAAGCCGAACGCAAACCUGCCAACGGGGCGUCGUCCGUAUCCAUAACGAUCGUCAACGAAUCUUCCCCCACCUCAAAUGGGCAUUCCAAACCCUCCACCCCAAUCGUUUCGAAGGUGCACAUCGUACCGUCGAGUCCUAGCGCCAAUCGGGACUCAAAUGAAGAGCCCGUUGACCGGCGUCUCUCCAACGGCGACAACAGCUCCGAAGAAGGCAUUAAAAUCUACAAUAUCGAGUCCGGUCAGGAGUUACGCAUCCCGGACAAGAAGGAUACGAUGCGAUCGCCUAGUCCGGACGAGGAGGAACAGUGGACCUAUACGCUGCCGGCACCGCCCAAAUUCGCCGAUUCGUCCAUCAAGUCGGGCGAGUACGAUGAAAAGCAGAGGUUCUUUGAUCUGCAGUCGACAUUCGUAGACAAUACGACUAUUGUGACGGAUCGUAUGACGAUUCUCUCCGACCAGACGGAACUGAUUAGGCCAAUCAUCCGAGAGAAGGUGUUGAUGGAUGAAAGUCUGGCGGGAAUGGAAGAAAAGUGUUCUUCCCCGACGGUAACGCUGGUGGAGAGCGAAGGUGGUAACAGUAGUGUCUCUACCGGAGAGAUAAUGAUUAACUCGGAUAUUGAGGACGGGUACCGUGGGGGGAGUGAGCUACGGGAGACUAUGCUACAAACGUUGGAGAAGCGAACAGAACAGCUGAAGGAGAGUGAACUGCAGAAUUUGAAGGAGUCUAUCGAAGGAGUUGUAGUUCAACGACAGGUGACGGAGGCGGAGGAGGAUCAGGUGAACGAAAGUGAUAUUAUGAAGUGUGCCAAAUUAAACGAAGAGACGGUGGUGGAUGACUACACGAUGGUUGUCAAGAGAGGUAGCAUUGAUAGCGUUAAGAAGCGCUCGGAUAAUAAAUUGACGGUAGAGACUACUAAAAGCGAGAUGAUCAGUGAGAUGCGUCAGGUCGUCAAGGACGACACUGUACCAAAAGGAAUGUUGAAUGGAAAGAUGGCAAUGGAGACGGAGGAUAAUUCUGGAUUGAAUACAAAUAGCUUCAAUAGCGCCAAGGUACCUGGAAAUAAUGUAAAGAUGAUCGAUGAUCCCAAUGAAGCAGCCAAUAAAAAGGACCAGAAGACUAUUUCAGCGCCAGUAUCGCAAAAAUCGGAUGAUAGCGAGGAAGAGAAUAACGUCAUCAUAAGGCGCAAAAUUUCCGCUGAUUCGAUUAUUCGCAGCGAUGAGGAUGAGUUCAACAUUCGCAUGGGCAACAAAAAUCAACAAGGACCUGUCAAGCGGCGUAGUUUGACUGUGCUGAACAAGUCGCCAAAGGUUAUUAACCGUUCCGAUAGUUUCCACUCCACUCGGUCGGACUACAUACAAUCGUUGAGCAGCGCCAACGGAUUAAAAUUGACGCCCCGAAGUACGUCGUACAUUUCGCUGAUCGGGGCGCAGAAGUUUGAGAAUCGCUUUGCAGCGAGCAACCGAAGGAAGUCUACCAGCGAGGUAAGCAUCUGCGAUUCACCGUCUCUUCAAAGUCUGGAGGUAAUCAAAAACAUACUAAAUAGUUCCAAGAACAAUUUAGCGGUGGAAAAGAAAGAAGUAGAAGAGGUUAUACCCAUGGCGGCAAUCAAGCGAAAUAGUUUCACAGAUAUUUCGACUUUAAUUCAGUUUAGAAGCGAAGUAGUUAAAAGCAAUCUGGUUAGACAUGAGAGUAUGGUUGAGCAAAAAAUCGCGGAAGUAGAGAAUAAGAAAGUCAUAGAAGAAGUUAUUGAAGAGAAGCCGAUGAUUAUCGAGAAGGUCGAUUCUGUAAAGGAGAUUAAAGCUGAUGUGUUUGUGAGCAAGAAGGUAUUAGAAAGUGAUAAAUCCGUGAACGAGAGGGUAAUAGAUGUUUCAAAUGAGUCAAAGAGUGAUGAUGAGAAACUACAAAAUAGACAGCUGUCGGUGGCGAUCGCUAAGCAACCACAAACUACGGUAGUUAAUAUCACUACCACCAGCACAACGGUAACCAGUAGUGGGGUCAGCGUUACUGUGAACGCAGAAAAAAAUGAACCUUCGGCCAAUAAACGGUGGACGUAUCAAGGCCCACCAACCAUUAACUUCACAACCUGGAGCGAACGACCAAAGAUCGACGUUUCGAUCAAGUCUGAUCGAGAUUACCGAUUUGGUGGUAGUUCCACUCUGCCUCGAGGUUACAGAAAUGUAAAUAAUACCACAAAGGUGAAUCUGAACUCUACUCCAGCUCCAACAUUGGAGAAAGUGGAUGAUGUAGACCAGUCCGAUUCGCGUGAACAUGUGCCAUUGAACAACGGAGAAUCGCAGUCACUUCCACACGAUGCGAAUCGACCCGAAUCGGUAUCAUUAUCGAACACCGAUCGUUUACCAAUCGUACGAGCGGUUGAGUACAAGAAAAACGUUGUUCCACCCCCAGUAGCUCAAAAACCCUUGGAUAAACCAUACUUCUAUGAUACAUAUUCGCGUACGCCGGUAAACUCUUCAGCCACUAUCAAUAGGCUCAGUAUGGGAUUUAAUAAAAUGCAACCUGUCGUUAAAGGGUUCAAAACGAUGGAUGAAAAAGAAACCCCCGCGCUAACACGUCCUGUGUCUAUGAUUGAGUCGUCGAAUAUCUCAACCGCCAUUUUGAGAACAACUCCCGCUAGGAUAGAUAAGCCGGUGCCGGAAACCGCAUCACUGCCCUUCGGACAGAACACGCUACGCCGGACAGGUCUUAAAGAUAAGAUUCUUGCUCAACCAAACCCAGAACCUGUGGCAAAAACAGUAGUCCAGAAUUCCCCGACGGUAACCGUCAAGACGAAAACUGUCACGAAUACCACAGCGGCACCACCACCCCCACCCCCGGUGGCACCUAAGCUGACCACACCGGUAGUAAGAGGAGCCAUCGUUAAGAAACCACUUCCUUCACAGGAAGUGGAUCCCCGUACCGCUUUGCUGGAUGCCAUCAGGAACUUCAACAAGGAUAAAUUACGUACCGAAGAAUGAUCACAGUGAGCCAUUUUACCAUCCUUCUUUUGUUUGAGACGCUGGUCGUUGCUUAGCAACAGAGAUCAAACCUGGCCCGGCGUCGUUUGCUUUGUAGUUAGUUGUUAUUAAUUUAUUCUUUUGUUACUUUCUUUAAAAACUACUUAUUUUUUACGUUUUUACUUGCCUGUAACAAAACUGUACUUUUUAUUUCCCUUGUUGUUAACCCAAUAAAAUUACACAUUUUAUUUGUUUUUUUAUGUGAAAAUGCAACAAUUAUUGAGUCACAUUAUUCACACACAGGCACUUAUUCAAACAAUCAAGUUAUUAAUACGGGACCAAAGGUAACAUGGUGUUUUGUUUUUAAGCGAUUUAAAGCAGUGUUAGUUAAACAACGACACAUGCCAAAUGUGUUUCAAUUCAGCACAAUAUAUUAAACAAAUGUUAAUAAUUUAGCCUGAAUCAGUUUUAGUUUCUUGGUUAGCAAUCGAUGCGGACCGACAUAGAUGUUAGUCUGUCAGAUGUUGCACUACCCACAAAGUAUUGUCGACUGCACCUUUUUAUCACAGACAGAAUUGUAUUAAUCCACAUUACUAGAAUGAAUAUAUAAAGAAACACCAACACAUAUAAACACACACACAUACUCGGGUAUUAAUCAUUAAUUUUGUUAACAGUUUAUCUUGUAAGUUUAGAUUUCCCUAUACCUACCUUCAAAACAUAUCCGAAAUCAAGGGAGGGUUGAACCCGUGUAAUGUAUAGGGCUUUACCUAGUGCUAAGGCCUAGGGAUGUCAUCACAGUUACUCAGCGAGAAACAAAAAAAAACAGUUUAAAUUGAACCGGCUUGGGGGGAGUUUCUUUCCCGCUAUCAUAAGAGUAAAUUGUGAAACGAUAGAAAAGAAGCAAUCAUCAGUCAUUAACAGUUAGGUUGUAAAGUUUUGAUAUAUCUAGAGUAUUCGUAGACUACUUAAGCACAUUUUGGAGGUUGUUUUAUGUUUGCGACCGCAAGAACUUGUAAAUUUGCUAAUGAUGGAAAUAUUGGAAAUAAAUUGAUAUUAUACUAAUAAUAA